GGAUUGUUAAAUCCUUUGGAUACUCCACAUCACAUGAAAGUGGAUGAUGAUAUGCCAUACAGGGAAGGAGUAGUUCUUGAACAACCAGCCAGGAAAGGUUGUGGUUCAUCUGUGAAUGUUGGAAUGAGAAAAGAAGUGAGAAUCGAUAGAACCAUUAAACCAGGUUUGAGAGUCACUGUCAAGAUGAAUAACACUUCAGGUGUGUGAACGUACACAAAUUUACCUGCUUCAAUUUUGUUUUUUUCUUUUAGUUGUUGUUUCAUAGUAGUAGGUUGAUGAAAAUUCACAACUAACCCUGAUGAAUAGUGCCUUGAUAAAAUCAUGGUCCUCUCAAACUUUUUAUCUGCUCGUAAAGUCUGAAAUGAUCUGAAGUUCAGGGCUGGGUUGUUCAAAGUUGGGUUAAGAUAACCCAGGGUUAGUGUGAAAUCUGGUUUCAGAUUUGAAAGCUGUAAAAGAAAAUUCAGUCCAAUUUUCUUCGUCUAUAAUUUGAUUAUUUGAUGCUCUAAAAAGAACAAAGAAAAUAGUCCCUAAAAGGCAUUUGAACAAAGAAAUAAACAAGCCCAAGUUUAAAUUUAAUCUUGAGCUAGUGCACUAAGUGAACAGCUGGGCCCAGGGAGCUAACCAUUGGACCAUCUCAUCUUCAACUUUUUUUCUAAAAAAAUAAACAUUUAAUUUGAUUGAUUCUCUAAAGAGCUGAACAGACCAUUCAGAUGACAUGUAAGCUAGAACCAUCUAUGAAAAAUACACAUGCACCCUUACUUUGUGCUUUGCAGUCAUCUCAAUCAUAUGGCAAAUAAGCCAGAUCUGAAUUAAAGUAACACUUUGAAACAUGUGUAGGAGGUACUCUUCACAUAAAUGUUGUGUUUGGUAUUUGAAUAAAAAAUUCAAAAAUGAGUAAGUACACUAAACAAGGGUGACAUUUGUCUGCGUUUAUUUUUCUGCUAAAAAUUUAACAGGCACAAAGUUUUAUACUGGAACAGUGGUGUCUCCCAGUGCCCCCAGAACAGAGCAAGGCCUAUACUGGGGAUAUACUGUGAGACUGGCACCAUCUUUUGGAGCAGUGUUUACACAGAGUCCAUACAAAGAUGGUUAUGAUGUCACAAUAGGAACUUCAGAGAGGGGCACUAUGGUAAUGAUCUAGUAUUGCCAAAUUUUAGGUAUAUUUAGUGUACAAAUUUUAUUUGUAAAACAGUUAUUAUCAAUCAAACAUUGAAACUGCAUUCCAGGACAGGAGAAAGAAUCACACAUUCACAAGAAUAAAGUGCAUGAUCACUGGCUAAAAAGGUUCUUGAUUGUUAAUUAGAUUCUCCUUCUCAGCAGCUUAGGAAAUCUGUAGAGAACGGUAUGAAGACUGAUAUGCAUACUGAUUUUAGGGUUUGAAGGGUUAAAACUUUUGCCGAAAAUGACUGCAAGAAAAAUUACAACUAUAAUUUCCUAUUUUUACAUGGACCUAAUGCAUUCUUCUCCCAAAUAGCUAUUUCUGCUUUUAUGCAUGAGCUCAUUCUUUCGCAAAUCGAUUUAUUACUUGCCUUUUUUCAUUUCAGACAUUUAUUGGUAGUGUUUGGAGGAUUGAAGGGUUUGGAGACAAGUUUAGAAUCUGACGAAACUCUACUGGCGAACGAUCCAUCUCUGGUGUUUGAUCAUUAUGUAAACACUUGUCCUGGUCAGGGAAGUGGGACAAUACGAACAGAGGAAGCUAUUCUUGUCACGAUGUCUGCGUUGAGACCGAUCAUAGCAAAAGCAACUACGUGGACACAAACUAUUGGGAAUUCGUUGUAA